AUGGAAGAUGCAAAUAUUGAUGAUGAGUUGCAACGCAAACAGACACUAGAACAACAACAGCAGCAGCAGCCACAACAGUCAUAUACUUCCCUUAGUACAACCGAACAUAGUUUAUUAGCAGUUGCCCAAGUGCUAAACAAUCAGGCAGACUUUGGAUUGACCGAGGAGAAGAUCAAGGACGAAAAGUCUUUAGGCGAAGAUGAGCGACUAAUAAAACGACAAAAGACACAAGCUAGUGGACUACAAACCUCGAAAGAGUUGGAGGAACUAAAGCAAAAAGGGACUAAUGAGAGUGAUGAAAAAGGCCCAAAGGAAAAGGAAAAAGACCACGUCUCCAACAGCAGGGACCAACUCGUUCAGCAGGCUCAGAAACAAUUGAAACAACAACAAGAGCAACAGGAGCUGUACUUACACAAAUCAUUAAAGCAACCAGAUGCAAAUGAAAAAAAUGAAUCGGUGUCUUUUGGUGAUCAAUCAACAGCUCAUGCCACAAAGUCACUGCCGUUGCAGGAACAGGAACAGAAUCUACUGUCACAGCUGCAACUGCAACUGCAACUGCAACUGCAACUACAGGGCCGGAAAAACUACUCAUCUUCUGCUAUACCUGCGGACUCUGAAUUGUUUAACACCAAUGCUGCUCAUGCUGCAUAUACGUCUCUUUCCUCACAAUACCAACAUCUGACCCUUGAUCCCACAAGAGCCAUAUUCACCCUGGCAAACCUUUCUGUUCUACCCUUGCCUAUUGUAGCUGCCGACUACUUACCCCCACGUAUACAAUUGCUCAUCAAUACGUUGCCCAGCUUGGAUAAUUUGGCCACGCAGCUACUAAGAAUCGUGGCAAGCUCUUCGUACAAAAAAAUCGUGGAUCUCGCAUCCAGUCCAGAUAGGCCCGAAGGAGCAACAUAUCGGGAUUUGACAUCGUUAUUUGAAUUUACAAAAAGGCUUUAUUCUGAAGAAGAUCCAUUUCUAACCGUGGACCAUAUUGCACCUGGAAUGUGGCAUGUUGGCGAAGUAACUCCACAAGUAUUCAAAAAUAAAGAGCAGAGUAUAGAGUCAACUUUGAGAAAAGUGAAUUUAGCAACUUUUUUAGCAGCUACACUAGGAACGAUGGAAAUUGGGUUUUUUUACCUUAAUGAAUCAUUUUUGGACAUUUUCUGUCCAGCCAAUGACUUGGAUACUAAGAACAGUUUAUCCGAUGUGAAUUAUUCGGAGAACACAUUUUCUUCGUUGGCAACUAGCAUCCAAUCAGGAACAGGUUCAGCUAUUGGAGACAGGAUAGGUAAACUAUUGAAGCCACAGGCGAUGCUUUAUCUAGAUCUUAAGACGCAGGCAUAUAUAUCGGCCAUUGAAGCGGGGGAACGAUCUAGAGAAGAGAUAUUGGAAGAUAUCUUACCUGACAACAUGGCUGAAAUCUUGUUAGCACGACGAAAUGUUUCAAUGCUAUUACCGACCGAACUUGAUUUUGUUGAGCGGUGUAAAUCGAGAAAGCAGUUUUUAUUAAAUUACCAAGAAGAAACACAGCCACCACUUUCUGAGAAUUUCAAAUGGUUCACGUUCUUGAAAGACUUAUUUGAUUAUGUGUCAAAGAAUAUGGGAUAUUUAAUUUGGGGUAAAUCAGGAAAACCAAGCCGGGAAAAGAGAGAUGAGACUCCACUUCGCAGUCAAGAACUAUAUGACAGAAUCAAUGCACAAAUGAACUAUACUGUUAGUAGUAGUACUAGUGGCGGAGGCGGAGGAGCCAAUGAAGAGUCUUCUCAGACCACUGCUGAAAAUGGCAAUGAGGACCAUAGUAAUUUACUCCCAUCGGAAAUAAGGGAGAAACAGAUUAGGGUCAAUGGACACAAGCCAAGUCAAAGGAGACCAUGGACGAGGGAAGAGGAAAAAGCAUUCAAGCAUGCCAUGGAGUUGAAGGGGCCUCAUUGGUCGGCAAUAUUAGACCUAUUUGGCAAAGGAGGAAAAAUAAACGAAAGUUUGAAAAAUAGAAGUCAAGUUCAGCUUAAGGACAAGGCAAGAAACUGGAAAGUGUUUUAUUUGAAGAACGGAAUGGAUAUACCUCAUUACUUAAGAAGUGUUACUGGUGGACUAGAUGAUAAGUAUAAGCGAAGUAUUUCAAGAGCAGAAAAAACAGCAGCCGCACCUAUUCCAAAUGUGCAAAGACAAAAUCAACAAGAAAAUCAACGACAGGACCCUGUCAAUCAUAACAAUACACAAACACUAGAAAAGAGCUAA